AGUUUGAGCAACAGCAUGAAGGUUCUCGUAGUUUUGGUUCUGGCUCUGGCCUCCGCCUCCGCCGGGCUCCUGCCCAAGGUCGCUCCUGUCCAUCCUCGCGACAGGGUCUCGACCCCAUCGAUCAAUGGUCGCAUCACCAACGGCAAGGACGCCGUGGCCGACCAGUUCCCCUACCAGCUGGGACUCGCCUUCUCCAGCUCUCAGGGAGGUUGGUGGUGCGGUGGCUCCCUCAUCAGCACUCGCUGGGUGUUGACUGCUGCUCACUGUACCGACGGAGCCGCUAGCGUAACCAUCAACUUCGGUGCCACCGUUCGUACCAGCCCCAAGUUCACCCAAACCGUCGCCAGCUCGAACUUCAUCCAGCACGAAAGCUACUUGUCUGCGAUCAUCCGCAACGAUAUCUCGCUGAUCAAGAUCUCCGACGUUUCCCUCUCUGCCGCUGUCAACACGAUCGCCCUGCCCGCCAGCUCCUCUAGCUACACCUCCUUGGUUGGAAAGACAGCCGUUGCCUCCGGAUGGGGCCUUGUUUCAGAUUCUGCCACCGCCGUGCAUAAGGAUCUCCAGUAUGUCGACCUCCCCAUCAUUGCGAAGUCCGUUUGCGAGGAUACCUUUGGAAGCCUAAUUGUCACUAAUAGGAUUCUUUGCGUUGGCACGGACAACAAGUCCUCCACUUGCCAGGGUGACUCAGGCGGCCCAUUGGUGUAUGACAAGACCCUCAUCGGUGCCACCUCCUUUGGAUCGGCUAGUGGUUGCGAAGCUGGCCUUCCCGCUGCAUUCACCAGUGUUGCCUACUACGUGCCCUGGAUCCUGGCCAACACCGAUAUUAAGCAGUAAAAAACUGAUUUUACACCACUUAUCGCACACAAAAUAAAACGAUUUUUUUAUCCUUAAAAUAAAA